AUGAUGCAAAAGGAGGGGGAUCUUAAGCUUUUUGAGCAGUGCCAUAUCUGUAUCGUCUGUACUAAUGACCUUCAACUCGUGUCUGCCCAACAGAUAGCCGCUGUAAUCGGAGAAUAUGGCGGUGAAGCAACUAUUCACGAGUCGGACCCCUCUAAAGAUGAAAUUCUCGCCUGCACUCAUGUCGUGUCUAAUACGAUCAACUUCGAGACCUAUGACUUCGCGGCCGAUCGCAUGAUUCCCGUGGUGAAGCCGACUUGGGUACAUACGUCGUUGACCAAGCGGAAAUUGGCCAAUCCCCGCCAGCAUAACCCGGAUCCGCGACUUUUCUUAAAUGAUGUUGUGGUAACUUGUGGAGACAUCCCCGAGGGAGACAAGGAGGCCAUUAUCGGUGGAGUGGCUGCCAAAGGCGGCCUGUACAGCUCACGCAUGACCGGCACUGUUACCCAUCUGGUAGAUUUGACUAUGGACUCGGAUAAGGCACGUCUCUGUCAAGCGAAGAAGCUGCGCGCAAAAGUUGUUCUGCCUCACUGGUUCGACGACUGCUUGAAAUUGGGACUACGGAUCGAUGAACGCCCGUACAUGCUUCCAGACCCUGAAAUACUUCGCGCGGGACCCAAUGUCCCAGUUCCUAGCCGCGAUAAUAAGAAUAUAGCCGGCGCGUCAACCCCCGAGCCCUCUGCUAUGCCAGCUCCCACUAGCACUAAGAACCAGCGAAGCGUUUUCGAGGGGAAAAAUAUUAUGUUGUCACCGGAUUUAGGAAUUGGCUCGCAUCUAUUGGAAUCCAUUGAAUCCGUGAUCAAGCAAGGCGGUGCCACCGUGACUGGAAAUGUUAACGACACAGAUUGGCUUAUUUGUCGUUACCGAGAAGGCUUUUUCUACCGAACGGCAUCGCGACUUAAUAAAGAGGUUGGAAACCUUGCCUGGCUGUAUCACAUGAUGACCGUCAACCGGUACACUCGGCCUUUAAGUCGGUUGCUUCACUACCCAGUUUCGCGUGAACCAAUUGCUGGAUUUCAGAAUAUGAAGAUAAGUCUGUCUAAUUAUGUUGGCGAGACCAGGAUAUACUUGGAAAACCUGAUUGCGGCCGCUGGUGCCGAAUCGACAAAAACGCUGAAGCAGGAAAAUACCCAUUUGAUUACUGCACAUGGCUCUAGUGAGAAGUGCAGCGCUGCCAAAGAAUGGGGUCUUGAGGUCGUGAACCAUCUAUGGUUGGAAGACAGCUAUGCUAAAUGGAAACUGCAGCCGGAGUCAGAUCCGCGCUACAACCACUUCCCUCCAGGAACCAACUUGGGAGAUACUGCUGGCCAGAGGAUGUUAGAACGUGACAUUCUCGAGAAAAUCUUUUUCCCUUCCGAGGACACAGAUAAAAAACCUGCUAUGAAGACUAAGGAUCAGAACAAAACCUCUAUGCUGCCUCCUCCGGAAAGGAAGCGCAAGGAACAGACCGCCAUCUCCGAGACCGCACAGGGCACCCCUCAAGCGACGUCAAAAAAGAUUCGAGUUGAGGUUAAUAAGACACCGGUGCGAUCUGGACUAAUUCCUGACGACAAGGAAAAUACACCGUCGUCGACCAGCAGUCGCAAAUCAAAGGACGCAGCAACUGCCCGGCUUCACGAGCUUGCUCCAGAUAUUGCAUUGUAUGAAAAGGAGAGAAAGCGUAUUGGUGGUGUUAUCCAUGGUGGCAGACGAAAAUUAGACGAAGAUCGUGUGCAAGAAAACCCUAAGAAGCGUCACUCAGUCGAAGCUCAGGGCGACAGUGAUAAUGAGCAAGCGGUUGAUGUCAAACGAUUGAAGAAAUCCCGACCACCUAUCUCUAUGCACUUGUUGAUUACGGGCUACCAAAAAUGGGUUGGAAAGGGAAACGAGAAGAAAGAAGACGCGGACAAGCGUCAUCUCCGCGAUCUUGGCAUCAUGGUUGUCCAAGAUGUUCGACGAUGCACUCAUAUGGCCGCACCGUCAAUUCUGCGUACAACCAAGUUUGUCAACGCGUUGGCAUAUGCGCCGACGAUCAUUAGCACUGAAUACAUCACCAGCUGUCUCAAGCAGGACGAGCUACUGAACCCUGCUGAUUUCCCUUUGACUGACAAAGCGUCAGAAAAGAAGUAUGGGAUCUCGCUCGCAAAAGUUACAGAUAAGGCGAAGAAGAACCAGAACAAACUUCUGCGGGGCUUCCGCAUCUACUGCGUCGAGGAUAUGCGUGGUGGAUUUGACGCUUUCAAAUCUAUCGCAGAGGCCAAUGGAGGCGAGUGCUUGCUCUACCGGGGCCGAAUUGCUAUAGCGAAGACUUCUCGGCGCGAGGAUAGUGAUGACGAAGAAAGCGAAGCCGAGGAUGAUGCCCCCGGACGCCACGAGGUUUUCCUCCUUAGCAGCACUGAACCUAGGCAUUCUAAGCUGUGGCCUCGAUUCCGUCAGGUGGUAGGUGAUAUUCACAAGAUCCCACGAAUCGUUAUGGUAGAUUGGCUACUUGACAUGGCGAUGUCACAGGAGCUGCGAGCCGCCGAUGAGUACGAGCUGAAUGAUGAGAUGGUUGGCAAGGACCAAUAA